CUCUCUUUUCCGGUUUUUACAAUGGAGAACUCUGAAGGCAAGCUCGUCGACCUCUACAUUCCCCGCAAGUGCUCGGCCACCAACCGUCUCAUUUCCGCCAAGGACCACGCGUCCGUCCAGAUCAACGUUGGUGAUGUCAACGCCGAGGGUCGUCUUACUGGCUCCUACAGCACCUACGCCUUCUGCGGUUUCGUUCGCCGUGAAGCCGAGUCUGAUGACUCGCUCAACCGCUUGGCCACCGAUGACGGCUGUAAGUAGUAAUCUUUUUUUCGUGUAUUGAGAAAGCGCUUCUCCAAAAAUUAUACGAGAUUAAUUUUUUUUUCGCAAUAACAGACUUGAAGAACGUCUUCUCCUACCAGCAAUAAACAUCUGGUCGAUUGUUAACCGACUGGCAAUAAACUGUAUACUGCAUCUGUUGGAUGCGUGUGCUUUUUAAAAACUUUUUUUUAUUUUUGCGCGUUGCCCUUUGGCCUGGUUCCUGAUCGAUUUGAAAAUUUUUACAAUGAUGUCCUUGUGAUUGUGAUUGUACUGCCGCUGCUUCCG